UGCUUUUAUUCCUUUUUCUGCUGCAUUAUGAGAAUGGAUCAAGAGCACCAUGGAGACAAAGACACUACCCUGGAACUGGAAUCAGAGCCUGAAAGUCCUUCAUUGCCCCCUAUGGAUCUGUUUAUGCCAAUUGGUCUUAAUACAUGGACUUUUCGUGAUCACGGCAGAAAGAAGUUAUUUCCGCCUCCAGAGAUGAUGCAAAAACUUAGUGAAGAGAGGAGGAACCCUGUGUUGCUGGAGUGUAGGUUCCCUAGAAUGACAGAUGACAUGGCCAGGAGUGCACUGCUCAGUUUUGUCAAUUCCAAAUGUUGCUAUGGCAACAGAGCUGCAGGCGAACUCCUCAUACAGGAAUUGAAGCCACAGACCUUCUACAGAUAUCGACUGAAAACCUUUAAUGAAACAAGAGUAUGUGAAUGGACAUUUGAACCUUACACCAAUGCUUCAGUGGAUGGUCCACAAAAUGGUGUAUCUCCUCGACCUUGGGACAUUAAAGUCCAAGUACCACAAAUGUUUCAGGAAGACACAAAAAAGUUUCGUGUUCCCCAUUCUUCUUUACUCAAGGAAUGUCAUAAAUGCCAUGGCCGGGGCCGAUACAAAUGUAGUGGAUGCCAUGGUGGAGGCAGGAUGAGGUGUGUCGUAUGUAAUGGAGCCAAGAAAACCAAACAUUUAAAAUAUCAGAAACGGUGUCAGGUGUGCUCAGGUACCGGUCGCAAAAGGUGCAACACUUGUUCUGGAAGAGGCAACAAAACCUGUUCCACCUGCCAAGGGGUGAAAAAGUUGCUACAUUUCAUCCAGUUGAUAAUAACUUGGAAAAACAAUGUAUAUGAAUUCAUUUCUGAACAACAACUAAGCUUUCCAAGAGAUCUUCUCAGUAAUGCUAUGGGGGAAAAUGUACUUAAAGAUGAAAAUACUUUGGUAUAUCCUCUUGUUGAUUUCCCUAAUGCUGAGAUCUCACUGGCUUCACAAAGAGCUAUUGCAGAACAUCAUGGCCCACUCACCAGCACAUCUCGCAUCCUAUGGCAGAGACAAACCAUAGAGCUAAUUCCUGUGACUGAAGUCCAUUAUCGAUAUGCUGCAAAGUCCUAUACUUAUUACAUCUACGGAACAGAGAACAAAGUGUAUGCCCUGGACUAUCCAGAAAGAUACUGUUGUGGCUGCACUAUAAUCUGACAGUGAAAUUCUGUGCAAGUAUUCUUUAUAUAAAACAAGGUACUUUUAUGUCUAGAGUGGGAUGAUAUGGUUUCCUUGCUUACUGUUGUGAUAAGCAGAAUAAUCUUUGUUAUCCUACUCCUCCAGAUAAGAAAGCUGAAA